AUGGCCAUUGAGUUUAACCAGGACUUCCAGAGGUUGCACAGUGUCAGUGGUGCAACAGUGUUUUGUACUCUAAAACAUUGUAUUUUUGUCAGUUUUGGCAUGACGACUCCAGCAACUGUAGGAGGAAAAGUGUUCCUAAUUUUCUAUGGACUACUUGGGUGUGCAGGAACUAUUCUGUUCUUCAACCUUUUUCUGGAACGAGUUAUCACUCUACUGGCAUUCAUCAUGAAGGUGUGCCAUGAAAGACAACUGCGAAGGAGUGGCCUUAUUCCGCCUACCAUCCGAAGAGGGUCAGCGAUCUCUGCAGUAGAUAGUCUGAACGGCUGGAAACCUUCGGUAUACUAUGUGAUGCUUAUUCUUGGAACUGCAGCCAUAAUAAUUUCCUGCUGUGCUUCAGCUAUGUACACCCCAGUGGAGGGAUGGAAAUAUGUUGAUUCACUAUACUUCUGCUUUGUCACUUUCAGCACUAUUGGCUUUGGGGAUUUGGUAAGCAGUCAAAAUGCUGUCUAUGAAAAUCAGGAAUUAUAUAGGUUUGGAAAUUUUGUAUUUAUCCUCAUGGGAGUUUGUUGUAUAUACUCCCUUUUUAAUGUAAUUUCAAUUAUGAUUAAGCAAGUUCUGAACUGGCUUCUGAGAAAACUUGAAUGUAGUUGUUGUCCAAAGUGUCACAAUUCCAAUACACGCCUUGGGCGUCGUAAUGCCAUUACACCAGGAUCUCGUUUCCGGAGGAAUAUUCCCUCUACUGAGACAGAUGGGCAUUACGAGAGUGACACUGAAGGGCGAAGACUAUCAGGAGAAAUGAUUUCAAUGAGAGACCUGACUUCAUCCAAUAAAGUUUCCCUCGCCAUCUUGCAAAAGCAGCUUUCAGAAUCAGCCAAUGGUUUUCCACGGACUGUAUGCAUUAGUACACGGCAAAAUGGCUUUUCUGAAGGAGUAGGGUCUCUAGCAGUUAUGAAUAACAGACUGGCAGAAACUAGUGACUCGAGAUAAAAUUUGUAAACUUUAAUGGAUAUGUGGUAAAAUGCUAUUACUUGAUAUCAUGCCCGAGCCUAAUAAUUCAGAACUUUAAAUUAUGCAGUUGAACGUAAUAUCAAUAUGGUGGUCUACUUCACUGGAAUCUGAUUAAGUGUUUUAAUAGUUUGCCUUGACAGAAUGUAUUAUCCUAAUGCAUAUUAUUUUAAGA